UCCCUUGGCAGAUGAACUCAUCGAAGUUCAAGAAGACGAAGUCAUUUCCUGUUUGGUGAUGACGCCUUUAUUGGGCAAGUGAACUGUGACGAGUCGAUGUUCAUGGGUUGUGCGACAUGGACAGCAAGGAAGUGAUUCACUUUCCUAUGAACUAAUAUUUGACAGGUAACGGACGUGAACAAGGGAUACAAUGACCGAAAUUCGUGUUGUUCUAUUUUUAGAAUUUCGCUGUCAACAGACGAGCUGUCAAGACUUAGUGUCAAACAUUGCGGAAUAUACGAAGCAUUUGGAGUUGUCUUUUUAAUAGCGAUAAAACUCAAGGACAACUAUCAACAUGGCUGGGGCGGAACCAAUCCCCGAGGCUACAGAAGGCUACCCCCGGGACCAGAUCCUGGCGACUCUGUACGGUCAGGCUGUGGGGGAUGCUAUUGGGCUGUUGACAGAGUUCCUCACAAAGCGAGAGGCAGGGGUGUAUUUCGGUAAGGUGUCAAAACAGCUGGAGCUGGAACACAAACAGCUGUGUCCAGACAUGCACAGAACACGAUGGGAGGAGGGAGACUGGACGGAUGACACGGACCAGAUGAUACUCAUUCUACAGUCUCUUAUAGAUAAUGAUGGACAGGUAGAGCCGGUUGACUUCGGCGGGAAAUUAAAGAAAUGGUCCAUGUUUGGCUUCGAGGAGCUGUCUGAUAUUGGUGGCAUGGGCAUCGGCGCAACCACCUGUGAGGUCAUCAACCACUUCGACUACCCAAAAGAGGCGCAUGCAGUGGCGCAACGUGUAUGGGUGCAACGUGGAAAAGACAUUGCCCCUAAUGGCGCCGUCAUGAGGACGUCAAUUCUGGGGAUACACCAGUACUGGGACACUGAUGCCGUGGCUGAUAAUGCCAUUGCCAUAUGUAAGACGACCCAUUACGAUCCAAGAUGCCAGGCGUCAGUCGUCGCUGUGUCCGCCGCGAUCAGUAUGAUGCUGAAGAGAGAACCACAACACAUGAAGAAGAACGGCAAGUACAAAGUCCAGCAGAUCAUAGAAGACUGCUUCCAGAUUGCGUCCAAAUGUUUGGAGACAGAUGACCAGAAACAGAUGCUGAAGACGUAUCUGGAAUGUGAGAAGAUUAAGAACCUACAUCUUGAUGAACGUCGAAAGAUCGGCUACACCUACAAGUGUCUGGGCUGCGGGUUCUGGGCACUGAAACAGAAGGACUUCAGGAAUGCACUGCAGACAAUUGUUAUGGAGGGAGGUGAUGCUGACACCAAUGGCGCUGUAGCCGGAGCUCUCUUGGGCUGUAAGUUGGGAAUGUCUGGGCUUCCGGUCUCGUGGGUGUCAAAGCUGAAGCACAAAGCCUGGCUAGAUGAGAAAAUAGAAAGAUACCUGAACGUGUUGCAAAAUAUGAAAGGAAGCACUUCAAAUGGAAAGAACAUCUCAUCACAAAUACCAUCAAUUACAAUAACAAGUUGAUUUCUGCCUAUUUAUCCCUGUACUCAUCUGAGGCUAGUAUUCUAAGCACUACUUAGCUUUGUUUAUUCGGAAAUCUAUGACUUAUUCCAGUUGUUGGAUUCCCUUUGGACUUGAUGUGUUUAUGUGAGGUGCACAUUUUAGGAUACCUACUUAACCUCGUAUCCCGGUUAGGGGCAGACCAUUGGAAAUGCCUCACAUGCCUCCUGCAUUCCAGUUGACAAAAUACUUGUUGUCCUUGUACGUUGAUGUGGUGUAUAUGUUAUUUAAGUUCGGUUUUUGUUGUUUACAUUUUUAGUGGAUAAUGUAUGUAUGAAGGUGUGUACCUCAUUAGAUUCUUGUUCAAUUAUGUACAUUUAUAUUACAAUAUUUGUUGUUUUCGUUUCAUGAUUUUAUUUUAAAGUUGUCUUUUCAGGGAUGUUGGAUUAAUUCAUUUAUAUUCUUUUGUAACUUUUAAAUAUUUUUUAAGUUUCUAUGUUAUAUAUAGAUAGCAUAUAAGGUAUAUGUCAUAGAUGUGUGUAACUGAAAAUGCAUAAGGACAGUAAAUACAGUCUUAUAUGUGCCAAAACUGAUUGUCAGCUAUGCUAACCACUACUUUUGUUUUUUCGACCCUUAAUUUAAGCUUUUUUCAAAGUUGAAUUAUGACAGCUUGCAGUUUUGUCUGUGAUAUAUUACUAGAAUAUUACAAUUUACAUGCUUUCUUCGAA